AUGCUAAAGCUAUUAUUAUAUAAAACGGGAGCUAGACAAAAAGAAAGGGCAGUGGGCAUUAUACAAAAGAUAGGAGCAAAGAUGGGAAUGAGAUCUAACAAAGACGUGUAUCCAUAUUUCCACCACUUGAUUGACCCAAUUGUAUGGCAUCUGGUCAAUGUCAAUAUGAUGUUCCUCAUUUUAAAGGUAGUAGUGGUCAAUGAAGGCAUCAAUCAAAACAGUCAACUUUUAUUCGACCGUUUCAUGCAAUCAUUGAUGGAUCCACCACCAUCAAAGAUGAAGACACAUCCAUGGUACUUAAGGAUUAGAGCAAGUAAUCAAAUACAAGUAUUCAACAAAUGUGAUAAUGAAUAUUGUCAAAAAUUGGAGAUAAUCUCUGAAAAAGAAUAUACAGAUGAAUUAUCAGAGAAUAGGUAUAAAGAUUUUGAAUCGACACUAGUUAAUUGGAUUAAGGUUCAUUCGAUUUUAUGUUCCAUCUAUUAUACUCGUCACAAAGAAGGAACAACAACAACAACAACAACAACAACAAUGUCAAAUGCACUUGGAAAUGAUACACCAAAUGAUGAUCGAUCUGGUUGA